GGCCGCGCCUGCGCAGGCCGCCUGCCAUGGCGGCAGUCUGAGCCCCGCCGCGAGAGGGUCGGGUGGGACUCCGGGCUGCGGCCGGGCCCGGAGCCGGUGCUGCUCUUUGGCAAUCAGCGGGCCUUGGUAGCUGGCUUCCACCCCCACCAUGGACGAGGUCACCUUCAAAAGUGACACGGUGCUCUCCGACGUCCACCUCUACACCCCCAACCAGAGACACCUCAUGGUGCGGCUGAACAGCAUGGGGCAGCCUGUUUUUCUGUCCCAGUUCAAGCUUUUGUGGAACCAGGACUCUCAGACAGACUCGGGGACCAUGGGAGGUGAUCAUAGAGAUGUCCCCAGAGAGGAGACUCCGGCUAGGACAGGCAGCACCGGGUCCCCUCCUGGGCGUGGCCACAGCGGUGCAGGUUUCCCCCUCCAGGCUGGGCAGGAAGGGACAGGAGCUCAGCUGGACGAGGAUGGGGAUUUGGACGUUGUUAGAAGACCACGAGCUGCCUCUGACCCCGACCCUGUUUGGCCUCCGAGAGACAAGGUACACCCCAUGAUUCUAGCGCAGGAAGAAGAGGACGUCCUGGGAGACGAAGCACGGGAGAGCAGCACCCACAAUAUCAUCAAAAUAGAACACACCAUGGCCACGCCCCUGGAGGAUGUUGGCAAGCAGGUGUGGCGGGGUGCCCUGUUCCUGGCUGACUAUCUCCUGUUCCAACGGGACCUCUUCCAGGGACGCACCGUGCUGGAGCUCGGGGCGGGCACGGGGUUCACCAGCAUCAUUGCAGCCACCGCGGCGCAGACCGUGUAUUGUACAGAUGUCGGUGCAGACCUCUUGGCCAUGUGCCAACGAAACAUUGCCCUCAACAGCCACCUGACUGCCCCUGGAGGCGGUGGAGUUAAGGUCAGAGAACUGGACUGGCUGAAAGACGACCUCUGCACUGACCCUGAAGUCCCCUUCAGCUGGUCGGAAGAGGACAUCUCCGACCUGUACGGCCACACCACCAUCCUGCUCGCGGCCGAAGUGUUCUACGACGAUGACCUAACGGAUGCUCUGUUUAAAACACUCUUCCGACUCGCUCACAGAUUGAAAAAUGCCUGCACAGCCAUUCUCUCUGUGGAGAAGAGGCUGAACUUCACGCUGAGUCACCUGGACGUCACCUGCGAGGCCUACGACCACUUCCGCGCCUGCCUGCGGCAGCUGGAGCAGCUCCAGGACGGCCAGCUGCGCUUCGCGGUGGAGCCGGUGGAAGCCGCCUUCCCGCAGCGCCUGGAGUAUGAGCGCAUCCGGCAGCUGGAGCUGUGGAAGAUCUUUGUGGAACCAGGAACGUGACCCGUUGCGUCUGCCAGUACAGUUCCUCCACUGUCCUGAUCGGCUCUAAUAAAGUCAGAGGCUCCCAGAGGGAUGGGCUCGAGA